CCUCUCUCAGAUGUUUCUGACAUCUCACACCCGUCUGAGGACUCUACGAGCCGUGUCCGACUCAUAUAUAAAAACAGACUCUGCUCUUUGGAUUUUCUCCGCUCGAUCUACACAAGGCUUCUGCUUCUGCUUCUACAGAUUUUCUCUCGUGCGGAUCGAGAUUUUUAGCUGUUGACAUGGCAUCGGCAGCUACACCGACGGGAUGGUUGAGAGGAAGAGUUAAAGCUGUUCCUUCAGGGGAUUGCCUUGUGAUAAUGGGCAGUACAAAGGCUGACAUCCCGCCUGAGAAGACUAUCACCCUGUCCUCUCUUAUUGCUCCUAGAUUGGCCCGUAGAGGUGGCAUAGAUGAACCAUUUGCCUGGGAUAGCAGGGAGUACUUAAGGAAACUCUGUAUUGGAAAGGAGGUUACCUUUAAAGUAGAUUACACAGUACCAUCCAUAGGGCGAGAAUUUGGUUCUGUUUUUCUUGGUGAUAAAAAUGUUGCCGUGCUCGUUGUUUCUGAAGGCUGGGCAAAGGUUAGGGAGCAGGGCCAACAGAAAGGAGAAGCUAGCCCUUUCUUGGUGGAAUUGCAGCGUCUUGAAGAUCAAGCAAAGCAACAAGGUUUAGGCCGUUGGAACAAGGCACCUGGCUCUUCAGAGUCAGCCAUCAGGAAUCUACCUCCUUCUGCCAUUGGGGAUCCUAGUAACUUAGAUGCAAUGGGCCUGUUAGCUGCCAACAAGAGUCGGCCUAUGGAAGGCAUUGUUGAACAGGUUCGAGAUGGUAGUACUGUUCGAGUCUAUUUGCUUCCGGACUUUCAAUUUGUCCAAGUAUUUGUUGCUGGUAUCCAGGCCCCAUCUAUGGGAAGAAGGGCUGUGGUAGAAACAGUUGCAGAGCCUGAAAUAACUUCUGAAGACACCAAUGGAGAAGUUUCUAGUGAAACUCGACCGCCUCUGACAUCUGCACAGAGACUUGCGGCCUCCACUGUGUCUUCUACUGAAAUAUCACCGGAUCCAUUUGGAAGAGAAGCUAAACACUUCACGGAGAUUCGUGUUCUGAACAGAGAUGUUCGGAUUGUGCUAGAGGGUGUAGACAAAUUCAGCAAUCUGAUUGGUUCAGUAUAUUAUGCUGACGGUGAUUCAUUGAAGGACCUGGCAUUGGAGCUAGUAGAAAACGGGUUGGCCAAAUAUGUAGAAUGGAGUGCAAAUAUGAUGGAGGACGAAGCCAAGCGGAAGUUGAAGGCUGCUGAGCUUCAAGUGAAGAAGGAUCGCUUGAGAAUUUGGACAAAUUAUGUUCCCCCAGCAACAAAUUCAAAGGCAAUCCAUGACCAAAACUUCACAGGAAAGGUAGUGGAGGUUGUUAGUGGGGACUGCAUUAUUGUGGCCGAUGAUGCCAUCCCUUUCGGCAGUCCUCUAGCUGAGAGGCGAGUGAAUCUCUCAAGCAUCAGGUCACCCAAAAUAGGCAAUCCUCGCAGAGAUGAAAAACCGGCUCCCUAUGCUCGUGAAGCCAAGGAGUUCUUGCGCACACGUCUUAUUGGCCGCCAAGUAAAUGUAUCAAUGGAAUAUUCUAGAAAGGUUGGCAUGGCUGAUGGGCCCAGUCCAGUACCUGCAGCUGGCUCCUCAGACUCUAGGGUCAUGGAUUUUGGAUCAGUCUUCUUUGUUUCUCCAUCUAAGGUUGAGGGUGAUGACACAGCAACAGUUCCAACUUCUGAAGGCAGCCAACCAGCAGGAGUAAAUGUUGCUGAGCUCGUUGUUGCACGUGGAUUUGGCACAGUUAUCCGGCACCGAGAUUUUGAGGAGAGGUCAAAUUAUUAUGAUGCUUUGCUGGCUGCUGAAUCUCGUGCUAUCAAUGGAAAGAAAGGGAUCCAUUCUGCCAAGGAUCCUCCAGUGAUGCACAUAACAGACCUGCUAACGGCAUCUGCAAAGAAGGCCAAAGAUUUCUUGCCUUUCUUGCAAAGGAGUAGAAGACUACCUGCUAUUGUGGACUAUGUCCUGAGUGGUCAUAGGUUCAAAUUGCUGAUUCCCAAGGAAACUUGCACUAUCGCCUUUUCUUUCUCUGGCGUUAGAUGCCCAGGUCGUGAUGAGCCUUUCUCAGACGAAGCAAUUGCUUUCAUGAGAAGGAAGAUACUGCAGAGGGACGUAGAGAUAGAAGUAGAAACAGUUGACAGGACUGGAACUUUCUUGGGAUCCUUGUGGGAAUCAAGGACCAACAUGGCUGUGACUCUGCUAGAAGCUGGGCUAGCAAAGCUUCAAACUUCUUUUGGCACCGAUAGGAUCCCAGAUGCUCACCUCCUUGCACAGGCCGAGCAGUCUGCUAAAAAACAGAGACUGAAAAUUUGGGAGAACUAUGUUGAAGGACAGGAAGUUGCAAAUGGUUCAUCUGUUGUCGAAAGCAAACAGAAGGAAGUACUUCAGGUGGUGGUAACUGAAGUACUUGGAGGUGGCAAGUUCUACAUCCAAACAGUCGGUGACCAGAAAGUGGCUGCUAUUCAAAAGCAGCUAGCUUCGUUGAGCCUUCAAGAAGCCCCUGUUAUUGGUGCUUUUAAUCCUAAGAAGGGUGAUAUUGUCCUUGCGCAGUUCAGUGCAGAUAAUUCUUGGAACAGAGCCAUGAUUGUCAAUGCGUCACGUGGACCUGUUGAAUCUUCAAAGGACCAGUUUGAAGUCUUCUACAUUGAUUAUGGGAAUCAAGAAUCAAUUCCUUACAGUCGAUUACGGCCUCUUGAUCCUUCCGUUUCCUCUGCCCCGGGCCUUGCUCAACUAUGUAGCCUUGCAUAUAUAAAGGUCCCUAAUCUGGAGGAGGAUUUCGGCCAGGAAGCAGCAGAGUAUCUGAGUGAGUGCACCAUGAACAGUUCGAGAGAGUUCAGGGCUAUGGUUGAAGAAAGGGAUACUUCUGGUGGAAAAGUGAGAGGACAGGGCACUGGUGCGAUUCUUAUUGUUACUCUGGUUGACAUAGAGGCUGGUUCCAGUAUCAACGCUGCCAUGCUACAGGAAGGACUUGCUAGAUUAGAAAGAAGGAAGAGGUGGGACACUAAGGAAAGGCAGUCAGCCCUUGAUAACUUGGAAGAACACCAAGCAAAGGCGAAGCGUGAGAGGCUAAAGAUGUGGCAGUAUGGAGAUAUCCAAUCUGACGAAGAGGACUCGGCUCCGCCUGCAAGGAAAGCCGGUGGUCGCCGAUAAAUGCAAAUCUGGUAUUGUAGGUUAGUUUAAGUUAUAAUUUAAGAUAAUUUUAUACUUGAUAGAGAAACUGAGGCUGUCAAAAAAAAUGUGGGGAGAGUUAAUUUUUAUUUACUUCUUUUUUCGCUUUCUUCAUUUUUUUCCCUUUCUUUUUGUGAAAAAACGUAUAAGGAACAUUUGUUGUUACUUAUCUCAAUAAGGGAAUCCUGACAGUCUGCCUCUCUCCACUCAGAGACUGUAGAGGCCCUUAACAUGCGGUGGUUUUCUUAA